AUGGCGGCGCGGCUGCUCUCCACGGCGCGGGCUCUGGCGUGCUUCGCGGCCGCCGCGGGGCUCACGCUCGACGCCGAGAGGGGGGCCGAGGCUCCCGUCGUGGACGUGAAGCUGCUCGGAGAGGCCGGCUGCCCCUUCACUCAGAGGCUGAUCCUCGGGGCCCUGAACAGGACGCUCACCUCGGAGGGCGUGGCGGGCGCGCUGCGCUUCGACUUCCUGCCGUUCGGCAACGCCUUCUUCUCGACGAAGGCCUGCCCGAACACCACGUACGAUCCGGCUACCCGCCGCUGCUUCAACAGGCGAUGCGGUGCCGACCGGGUGGCCGAAGGCCUACCGCUUCCCGAGGACUGCUUCCAGGGCACGCUGGUCUGCCAGCACGGGCGGGUCGAGUGCGAGGCCAACCGCUGGAUGGCCUGUGCCCGCAAGGUCGCCCAAGUGCCAGGCGACGAGAGGUCGAGGGCGAGCUACUCCGGGUACAUGCCGCUCGUGCAUUGCAUGACGAGGUGGUACGGGCACGCCAAGGUCGGAGCCAAGAGCCUCGAGCACAUCGUGGCGGGCUGCGCGGCGAGCACGGGUCUGGAAUGGGGGUCGCUAGCCCGUUGCUACGGUGGCCCCCAGGGAGACGCGGCCAUAGUGGAAGCCGCGAAGGGGACGCCCGUGCACAGGGUGGUCCCGUGGCUGUACGUCAAUGGCGAGCCUAUGGAGGAAAAUCACGAACACGAGCUCUUCAAGGAGGUAUGCAAUGCCUUGCCGCCGUCGGCCAGGCCGCAGGAGUGCCUCAAGGAGCUCGGGGAGCCCCUCGAGCGCCCGUAG